CCGAUCCUCUCUCUCUAUCGCAAAGCCUUUCUCUCUCUAAAAUUCGCUCUCUUUCUCAUACCCAGAACCAGGGUUUACGAGUAACAUUUGAGGAUUGGGAAUGGAGAAUCGGAAUGAGAUUGUUGCUGAGUCUCGCAUUCCUGAGGAAAAUAUUGUGGAAGUUGGGGUUUCUGAGGAGAGGGUAGAGGAGAAAGCCGUGCUUCGUUCUGAUGGAUUGGGAUUAGAUAAUUGGACUGAGAUGGUCGCUGAGUCUCGCCUUUUGGAGGAAAAGAUUGUGGAAGUUGGGGUUUCUGAGGAGAGGGUAGAGGAGAAGGCCGUGGUGGGGUCUGAUGGAUUGAAUGAACCGGAAGCGGAGGAGGUUUUCGAGGAGGCAAUGGAUACCCAGGAGCAUUUGGAUGAGCAGGGGAAGAAAGCUGAUUUGGGCGAUCGAAAUGAAGAAGAGAAUGCAAAGAUGGUUAGUGCCGAGGGUUCGUCAGUUGUUGAGGAGGUCCCCAUUGCUGGUGAUGAGGUUGAGAAUUUUGAAGAGGCGAUUGGGGUUCCUGGUGAGGUUGGAGAACACGAGGACUGGGUUGGGGAUGAGGAGGAGGAAGUUAUUAGUGCCGAAGAGAAGGCGAGAGAUUUCACUUGGGGGAACAAUGUUGAGGAGGCUGCUGUUGCAGGCGGGAUUGAUGAGGGAGGGACUAAAAUGGAAGAUGCGACCAAUGAUGUGAAUGGACUGGGAGAUGAUGGGUUGGUGGGGACCUCAGAAGAUGGGCUAAAAGUGAUUUCCGAGAUUGUAGUUGGUUCCGAGAUACAAUCUACAAAUGCUGUAGAUGAGGUCAAGGAGAACUCUCGUAUAGUGACUGAGGAUGAGAAAACUGAAAUUGAUGAUGCUGGUAAUGUGAAUCAGGAGAAGGCGGUCGCAGGUGAAGAUUUUGGCAAUGGAGCUGCCUCUCUUGAUUCUCAUCAGGAAACUGAGUCCAGUAAGGAGACUUCAACUGAAGCUGAUAAUGUCCAGGUGUUACAUGAAAAUAUUUUGGUUGCUGAAGAUCGAAAUGGCAAUAUUAUAAAUGAAUCAGACAGGCCAAGUAUGGAGUUUCAUGAUGAUCAGGGUGUCAAGCCGGCUGAAGAAGCUAUGGAUAGCGAACAUCAGGAACCUGAUAGUAGCGGACCAAAAUAUGGUACGACUAGCGCUGAUUCAAUACAUAAUGAUGAUAGUGCAGAACCACAAAACUCUUACAUAGAUACCGAACAAAAAAGUUACAGGAAUGGGGAAGCGGAAGAUUCUUCUGCUGGACUUCCUUCUGAACACAGUGGAGAAACUUCUGAGCUGAAAAGCAGUUUAGACGGCACACAAUCAUCUACUCAGGAUAAGGCAGUUACAUCAGAAGAAGUUGUAAGCAUGCCCUUCUCUGAAAAUUCUACAAUAGAGAAGACAGAGGUGAUUCAGGCCAGUGCCACUGACUUGAGAACUGAGAGUUCGAAGGCUAGUCAACCUGAACAAGUUAGGGACGUUCAUGUUGUCUAUGACAACGGCACGGCAAAGGAGCCAGAAAAGAAAGAAGAGAAGCGCAGUACUCAAAUGAAUAGGCCACAUGAUAAACCAACACAAGGGCAACCUUCAUUACCUGCAGGGCAACCUUCAUUACCUGCAAGGCCUAUCAAUCCUGCUACCUCUCCUGCACGACCAGCCGGCUUAGGGCGUGCUGCACCUCUCUUGGAACCUGCACCUCGUGUUGUGCAGCAGCCUCGGGUAAAUGGUACCGUAUCUCAUACACAGAACCAACAAAUUGAUGAACCUGUUAAUGGGGAUUCAGAGGACUAUGAAGAAACUCGUGAAAAACUCCAGAUGAUAAGGGUAAAAUUUUUGCGGCUUGCGCAUAGGCUUGGACAAACUCCUCAUAAUGUUGUUGUAGCUCAAGUUUUGUACAGACUGGGUUUAGCAGAGCAACUGCGUGGGAGAAAUGGAGGUCGUGUUGGGGCCUUUAGCUUUGACCGUGCAAGUGCCAUGGCCGAGCAACUUGAGGCAUCAGGGCAGGAACCCCUUGAUUUCUCUUGUACUAUUAUGGUCCUGGGAAAGACAGGGGUAGGUAAAAGUGCAACCAUCAAUUCAAUAUUUGAUGAGGUGAAGUUUGGCACCGAUGCCUUUCAAACGGGUACAAAGAAGGUUCAGGAUGUUGUGGGAACUGUGCAAGGGAUCAAAGUACGGGUCAUUGACACACCAGGCCUUCUUCCUUCAUGGUCUGACCAGCGUAAAAAUGAGAAGAUUCUUCUAUCUGUAAAGCGCUUUAUCAAGAAAACACCUCCAGAUAUUGUUCUGUAUCUUGAUAGGUUGGACAUGCAAAGCCGGGAUUUUAGUGAUAUGCCACUGUUGCGCACUAUAACGGAGAUAUUUGGCCCUUCAAUAUGGUGCAAUGCAAUUGUGGUUUUGACCCACGCCGCGUCCGCUCCACCUGAGGGUCCUAGUGGUGUUCCUUCCAGUUAUGACAUGUUUGUCACUCAACGAUCUCAUGUUGUCCAGCAAGCCAUUCGCCAGGCAGCUGCGGAUAUGCGACUGAUGAACCCUGUUUCGUUGGUGGAGAACCACUCUGCAUGCAGGAUAAAUAGGGCUGGACAGAGAGUGUUGCCAAAUGGUCAGGUUUGGAAGCCACACUUAUUACUGCUCUCGUUUGCAUCAAAAAUUUUGGCAGAAGCAAACGCACUUCUAAAGUUGCAAGAUAGUCCACCAGGAAAGAAUUUUGCAACUCGGUCUAGGGCACCUCCUCUGCCUUUCCUUCUUUCUUCUCUGCUACAAUCAAGGCCAGAGUUGAGGCUGCCUGAAGAGCAGUAUGGUGAUGAUGAUGAUCUAGAUGAUGAUUUGGAUGAAUCAUCAGAUUCUGAUAAUGAAUCAGAACUUGAAGAGUUGCCACCAUUUAAACGUUUGAGCAAGGUCCAGGUGGCUAAGCUUUCUAAAGCUCAAAAGAAUGCGUAUUUUGAUGAGUUGGAGUAUAGGGAAAAGCUUUUGAUGAAGAAACAGUUGAAGGAGGAGAAAAAACGGCGGAAGAUGAUGAAACAAAUGGCAGCUUCAGUGAAGGAUCUGCCGAAUGAAUAUGGUGAUAAUACAGAGGAAGAAAGUACUGGUGCGGCAUCUGUCCCUGUUGCCAUGCCAGAUUUGGUAUUACCUGCUUCAUUUGAUUCUGACAAUCCCACCCACCGGUAUCGUUAUCUCGACUCUUCCAACCAGUGGCUUGUGAGGCCUGUCCUAGAAACUCAUGGCUGGGAUCAUGAUGUUGGUUAUGAAGGAAUAAAUGUGGAGAGAAUUUUUGCGGUUAAAAACAAAAUACCUCUAUCUUUUACUGGCCAGGUUUCUAAGGAUAAGAAGGAUGCCCAUCUCCAAAUGGAAGUGGCGAGCUCAAUAAAGCAUGGUGAAGGCAAAGCAACUUCAUUAGGAUUUGAUAUGCAGACUGUUGGGAAAGACAUCUCUUAUACUCUGCGGAGCGAGACGAGGUUUAGUAAUUUUAGGAAGAACAAGGCAACUGCCGGUAUCAGUGUUACAGUCCUGGGAGAUUCAUUAUCAGCUGGAGUUAAAGUGGAAGACAAGUUGAUCGCCAAUAAACGGUUUCAGGUGGUUAUGACUGGUGGCGCAAUGACCGGCCGCGGUGAUGUUGCUUAUGGCGGCAGCCUUGAGGCACAGUUGAGAGAUAAAGAUUAUCCGCUGGGUCGCUCACUAUCAACUCUUGGGUUUUCUGUCAUGGAUUGGCAUGGUGAUCUUGCUAUAGGAUGCAAUAUACAGUCUCAGAUUCCAGUUGGACGCCACACAAACUUAGUUGCUCGUGCAAAUUUGAACAACAGAGGAGCUGGACAAGUUAGCAUUCGCUUAAACAGUUCAGAACAGCUUCAACUAGCUUUGACUGCACUCGUUCCAAUACUCAGAUGGUUACUUGCUUACCCCCAGCAAUUGCAGUUUGGGCAAUGAUCGUGGCGGUUAUAGGUCUAUUGAAUUCAUCUCUUGUCAACCCAGAAGCGUUUUCCAUUAGUUUCUUAUAGUGAUUUUAGCUUCCUUAAUUAGAUAGUCGGAUUUGGUGAUUUUUCCUGUAAGCUUCUGGACCAAGUUUUGCUAUUUUCUGUUCAAUCAGACCUUUAUCUAAAUUCUGUGUGAAAAUUAUUUCA